CUUCACCGGAGACAGAACCCGGAAAAACAAACGGGAAUGUGACGGCGCCUUCGUCUGGGAAAGAAAAGAAAAGAAAAGAAAAGAAGGCGCUUUUCACUGAGUCUAGAAGCAUUUGUUGUGACGCAGCAGGACACAGGACUCCAUUUUUGCAUCGACUCCUGCACCAGUUUGCUUGUUCUGCCGGUUCCUCUCGACUCGGCCUCUGCACCAGAACCAGGAAAAUGUUGCGGUUGGUGUCCGGGCGCGUCGGCGGCCUCCUGGCGAAGCGCGCGACCCCCGCGGUGUGUACGAACACGAGCGGCGUCAGGACCGCGCACCACGGACACGCUCCAGACGUGUCUCAGGUGGCGGACAUGUCCAAGCCGUUGUACUGGAACAGGAGGGACGUCCCUCUGCCCGAUCGUCCCUUCAGACUGGAGCUGAACGCAGGAGACAAAAGUCUGAAGGAGAAAGAGAAAGGCUCCUGGAAACAGCUGAGCAACGAGGAAAAGAUCGCACUGUAUCGUAUUUCGUUCGAUCAGACGUUCGCAGAGAUGAAGCGUCCUUCGGCUGAGUGGAAGACGGUUCUUGGAGGAGUCUUCAUCUUCUUGGGCUUCACGGGGCUGGUCGUCUGGUGGCAGAGGAUCUACGUUUACCCUCCGGCCCCUCGCACCUUUGAGCCCGAGUGGCAGCAGCAGCAGGUGCAGAGGAUGUUGGACAUGAGGGUCAGUCCCGUCCAGGGUUUCUCCGCUAAAUGGGACUACGAGAAGAAGCAGUGGAAGUGACCUGAGCCGGGGUCGGAGGUCAGGGGGCAGCUCCGGGGGUCAGGGGUCAGUCCUGUUCUAAACCUUGUGUAAAAAUUAAACCUGUUCUGUGCCGCUUUAAUAAACCGUCCUCUCUGA